AUGCUCGAGCUUUCAUCGAAAAAGCCUGAGGACCCAGCUACGCUGAUGCCCAAGCUGCCAUCUUGGCCAAAGCCUGAGCCUGAGGAUCCAGUUAUGCCAAAGCCCGAGCUUCCAUCAUGGCUGAAGCUUAAGGUCCCAGCUGCGAAGCCCGAGCUUCCAUCUUGGCCAAACCCUCAGCCUAAGGUCCCAGCUGCGCCGAAGUCCGAGUUUCAAUCUUGGUCAAAACCUGAUGUCCCAGUUGCGUCGAAGCCUAAGUUUCCAUCUUGGCCAAAGUCAAAGGUCCCAGCUGCGACGAAGCCUGAGUUUCCAUCUUGGCCAAAGCCUCAGGUUCCAGCUGCGCCAAAGCCUGAGCUUCUAUCUUGGCCAAAGCCUCAGGUCCCCGCUACGCCAAAGCCCGAGUUUCCAUCUUGGCCAAAGCCUCAAUUCCCAGCUGCAUGGAAGCUCGAGUUUCCAUCUUGGGCUGAAGUCCCAGCCGCGCUGAAGUCUGAGCUUCCAUCUUGGCCAAAGCCCGAGCUUCCAAGUUGGCCAAAGCCUUCACUUUCUCCACUACACAAAUCCUCUACUCCUUGA